AAUUUUUCUCAUGGACAAUUCAAGUGAUCCUUUAGCAGCUGGGCCUUGCAAAAGUCUCAGCCCUAAUUCUUCAAUCAUGAAGAAAAGACGUAGCUUUAAGCCAUCAGACCUGAAAACAUUACACAGUAAUCAAGAAGGUAGAGACUGUUCUGUUGAGGUGAAAUAUGAAUGAAAGAAUGUAAUGCCUUUGCCGAUGUUGCCUAAAUAAGGUGUUGGAAGCGCGGCAGCAGAGCCAUUUAAAACUACCCAGUACUAUCAAAGAAGUUACGAAAUACAAUUUAAAUGAUUUAUUCAUCAAAACUCCUGUGUUUGAGGGUCCUCUCAUUGAUUUUGAUGCUAAAGAGCCUCUCGAGGAGUCCAAGUGGAAUAAGGUGUCAAAGUUAGUUUUGAGUAGCACAUGUGAAAAUUCUCUGAAACUGAUAAAGACAUAUAAAACUACCUUAGAAACUAGAGACCAGAAAGCCAAAAUUCCCUUCAGAUACGAACAAGUUAGAGCAGAACAGAAAUAAAUGGUUUAAGAAUUAUCAAGAGAUUGAAAAAAUUGAAGUAAAAUAAAAAGAAAACCAGAAGAAGAAAAGCACUUCCCCAGAAUGAUAUCUAUAAUCGGCAUCGUGAUCGGAUUGCACAAGCAACCAAGAAUUCCUUUGAGAUAUCAUGAGAUGAGACAAGAGACUCUUCUUUCAAAAUGCUACAACAACAAAUUACUGACAUCAGACCAUCGUAUAGAGGAAAUACUUCUAUUAGAUUGAAUAAAAGUAGAACUUCACUCAAUGGGCAGAAAAUAAACUGUUCAUUGAAUCCAGCUCUGAACAGAGUGAGCGAUAGCUCACUCUCGAGGCCUCGGAAAUACUCAAGAGUGUUCGAACCUGUGAUGACCCAUAACAGAAUGGAUGCCCUCAAGAAUCGAGAUUCCUUUGUUCACCAAAGGGAUUGAAGAAGUGGGUCAGUUGGAAAAUAAAUAUAACACUAAAAAUAUCACAGGAAAGUCAAACCUAAGUUUUAUCAAGAUCAGAGAUUUAAACAACAGCACUGAUAAAUAUAUCUUUGAGGUUGAUAAAGCUCAGGCAUUUUUCAAAAGGAACAACUCUCAGGAGAGAUAUUUAAAAAAGAAAAGAACCGAAGAGCUAAAGAUGCCUCAUUUGAAACCAAAGAGCAUUACCAAGCGGUAUCGAAAAUUACGAAAUCCUAGUAGAAACGAUCAAAAUAUUGAUUCUUACCACCCUUCAAGUAUCGAUAGAGAGCAAGGAUGUUAUUCCAAGGUAAUAGAAGGAUCGGCAAGUCUUUCUCCAGGCAAGGCUAACUUCCUGAGUAUGAGGAAUAGAUCUGUUUCAGGUGAGAAGGAGGAGAUACGAAAGCUGAGGAAGAGAUUUGAUGGAGUUUAG